CAGAGGACCAGCGCAAUGGGGCCAGACCUUGCCGUGGGGCUCCUGCUGCUGUGCAGCCUCGGAGGGGCGGCGAGAGUGCUCCAUUCCCUGCGGUACUUCGAGUUCGCCGUGUCAGACCCCAGCCCGGGGGUUCCCCGGUACCAGGACAUGGGAUAUGUGGAUGGGUCCCCCUUUGUGCGCUAUGACAGUGAGAGCAAGCGGUAUCAGCCCCGGACACAGUGGAUUGAGGCCAAUGUGGAUCAGGAAUACUGGGUUGAACAGACCCGUAUUGGACAGAGCAACGAGCAGAUCUCCUACAGUAACCUGAACACAGUGCGGGACCGCUACAACCAGAGCGGGAGGGCUCAGACACUGCAGCGCAUGUCUGGCUGUGACCUCCUGGACGAUGGGAGCAUCAAGGGGUACUCUGAGGACACCAUCGAUGGGCAGGACUUCAUCACCUUCGACAUGGACACCAUGACGUUCAUCGCGGCGGACGCGGCGGCGCAGGUCACCAAGAGGAAGUGGGAACACGAUGGGAGCGUAGCUGAGCACCAAAAGAACUACCUGGAGAACACCUGCGUGGAGUGGCUGAAGAACUACGUGCGCUACGGGCAGCUCGAGCUGGAGAGGAGAGUGCCGCCCACGGUGCGAGUGUCAGGGAAGGAGACGGAUGGGAUCCUGACCUUGACCUGCCGCGCUCACGGCUUCUACCCGCGGCCCAUCGUGCUCAGCUGGCUGAAGGACAGCGAGGUGAGGGACCAGGACACCAAAUGGGGCAGCAUCGCACCCAACAGCGACGGCACCUACUACAUGUGGGCCUCCAUCGAGGCCAGCCCCAGGGACAAGGACAGGUACCGGUGCCAGGUGGAACACGCCAGCCUCCUCCAACCCGGCCUCUAUGCUUUGGAGCCGCAGUCUGACCUGCACAGCACCCUGCUGGUGGUGGCUGUUGUGAUGCUCAUCAUCAUCCUCAUCACGAUCGGAGGGGUCUUCUGGAAGCGCACACUGGACAAGAAGAAGAAGGAUGGCUACAACAUGCCCCCAGGCAUGGCCAUGGGUUCUACCACCUAA